AUGAUAUAUCUCGAACAACUUACAUUAUAUCUUACUGUUCAUAAUCGAUCAACAUUUAUUGAUGGUAGUCAUCUUAAAAAUGAAAUUCUAGAUCAUAUGAUUCAACUUCAAACAUUUAACUUUACUACUAUUACUCGUACUAACGUCAAUAUUUUUGUUAAUAAUCAAUUAUAUGAAGACAUUCGAUGCACAUUUCUCAAUGAAAAAUUUUAUCAAGUUGAUUUUUACUUGGAUCAAUAUCCAGAUGGAAUGGCUCGAUCUUAUAUCUAUUCACUUCCAUAUAACAUGAAUGUUAUGCGUGAUAUUAGCCGUAACUUUCCUGGAGGUUUAUUUACAAAUGUUCGUGUGAUAUCGUUGACAGAUGUUUUUUAUCCAUUUGAGCAUUGCUUCUAUAAGCGAAUUGCUUGUUAUUUUCCAUUUCUUACAAAUCUUACUGUUUCUGACAUGAAACGACGAAAUUAUAAACCAUCACAUGAAUCAAACAAAAAUAAUCAAAUGUCGUCGGUUAUUGUUUUUCCACAUCUUACUCAUCUAGAAAUAAUUUGUGGAAAUAUUGAUAGUGCAGAACAAUUUUUAGUUGAUACGAAAACACUUUUACCACGUCUCAUUGAUCUAACAAUUCCCUAUUCAUAUAUACAAGAAGUUACCGAAAACUUUACACGCGAAGCGACACGUCAUAACUGUGCUAAUAUAAAGCGUUUAACCUUUGAUGAGAGAUCAUUGGUACAUUCUAAAGAUUUUUAUCAAUAUUUUCCUUGUUAUAAAUAG